AUGACUGGCUUUGACCCCAGGCAACCAAUUACGGAUCCAUCCGUAUUUUCCCCCAGGGGAAUGUACGUGGACAACCGCAGUGGCAAUAGGGGUGCUCAAGGCGACGACGAUGACGACGUCAAAGCCUUCGUUUUCGAUGCUUCCGAUAUGAAAGCACUGAACCGAUUCCUCGGCACAGGAAGAAAACUACAAACCACUCGGUCAGAGUAUCUCAGGUGGUUAGGAAUCACGGACACGCCAGGUGAAAUCAGUGCAGCCCUCGGAAAAGAACUGGAAUCUCUUCUUAAAACGUAUACUUCGAUCAAAAGUGACUGUACGCAGUUCAAGGAUGUAACAUGGAACAGAAUUGUCGAUAUUGCCGGGGACAUCAAGUCCUACGCCACCAUGUCAGGCGGAAAAGAAAGCACCUCGUACUACGUGCUCAUGCUCAAGUUUAUUGGGGACUACCACGAAGAGAACAAGAAACCCAACCCAGACAAGGCAAAACUCGCAGAAUUGAAGGAAAGCAUCGAGUUCACCGUCGACGCUGAGCUUAAAAAGCUAGGCGAACUGCAAGCUGGUGCGCAGGAAGCUCUUACAGGCCUUGGAGCUUUCGAAAGAGUGUGCGAGCAGCAUAGCCUCGCUGUAGAAACGAAUGCAAACUCUCUUGAAGCACAGUUGAAGAAGGAGGGCAACGACAUUGAGACUAUGAAGAAGAAAAUCGAGGAGGCACGCGCAGAAAUUGAUGACUUGCAGGGACAAAUUGAUGGAAAGAACCAAGCAAUCAAUGAUGCUCCAAAGUACAUGUGGGUCAUCACAAGCUGGCCAAUCGGCACUGCCAUCGGCACCGGUAUUGUCGUGGAAGCCAAAAAGGCCAUCAAGAGAUUGAAAGAGGCCAUGGAAAAGGUCAAGAAGGUCCUGGACGACUACGAGUCCAAGAUGAAGACUGCAUCUCGUCUGGAGACAAAUCUCAAGUUCAUAAGUGUGAGUAUCGCACUUGCCAAGCGUCUGCUUACUUCCGGGUCUAAUACCUUGCAGAAACAAGUCAAGGACCUCGGUACUGAGAUCGGACCUGCCAUCAAGACCUUGCAAAAGCUCCAGGGAGCUUGGAAGAGCAUGGAGACGGAUCUCUCAGCCAUCAAGGACCUGAUCGAGUUUGAUACGGACAACAUUCCGCCCAUGUUGAUCACAAAGCCGCAGUUGGAGGGCAUUGUUGACGAAUGGAACGAGCUGAAGAAUUACGCGAGCAACUACAUUGAGAAUGCGUAUAUUAGCGACGAACCAAAGGCAGUGAGUAUUGCAGAGUAUAUUUCUGAACUGGAGGAUGCAAUCAUGAGAAUUGAGGCUAUGGAGAAGGGUCAAUAA